UCUGACGUCAUGAGAGCUGCAUCAGCUGUGAGCCCCGCGUCCUUUAGCUUGCAAAAUAUACUCUUUUUUUAUUUAUUUUUUUGCUGCCCGCAUCUGCUCUGACAACGGGAAUAUAUAUGAUAUUUUCCACAAACCCUGAAAUGGCUACACAGGAGGUACAACCGAAUGAGACUCUCACUAACCUAAAAGCGGAAUCGGACACGUUGAAAACGAAGCUCGAGGACGAAAGAMCGAAGCUGCACGAUGUCGAACUCCACCAGGUGGCAGAGAAGGUGGAUGGACUGGGCCAGUUUAUCAUGAAGACCCGGCGGACUCUGAAGGGACAUGGAAACAAAGUUCUCUGCAUGGACUGGUGUAAGGACAAGAGGAGGAUCGUCAGCUCGUCACAGGAUGGAAAAGUGAUUGUAUGGGAUGCCUUCACCACUAACAAGGAGCAUGCAGUGACCAUGACGUGCACCUGGGUGAUGGCCUGUGCUACGCCUCCUCCUGGAUGUGCAGUGGCCUGUGGUGGUCUGGACAARAAGUGCUCAGUGUACCCUCUGUCGUUGGACAAGAAUGAGAACCUGGCAGCGAAGAAGAAGUCUGUCGCCAUGCACACCAACUACUUAUCUGCRUGUAGCUUCACCAACUCAGACAUGCAGAUCCUGACGUCGAGCGGAGACGGAACCUGUGCAUUAUGGGAUGUGGAGAGCGGUCAGCUGUUGCAGAGUUUCCAUGGACACGCCUCUGAUGUUCUUUGUCUGGACCUGGCUCCUUCUGAGACCGGCAACACCUUCGUCUCUGGGGGCUGUGACAAGAAGGCUAACGUAUGGGACAUGCGCUCAGGCCAGUGCAUUCAGUCCUUCGAAACCCACGAAUCAGACAUCAACAGUGUCAGGUACUACCCCAGUGGAGAUGCAUUUGCCUCCGGCUCUGAUGAUGCUACAUGUCGUCUCUAUGACCUGAGAGCAGACAGAGAAGUGGCCAUUUAUUCCAAAGAGAGCAUCAUAUUUGGUGCCUCCAGUGUUGACUUCUCUCUCAGUGGUAAGAUACUGUAUUCAUGGACUUCAUCUAGUACACGUGCUUUUACCUCUCUUCUGUUUAACCAGUCUACAGUCUACAACUUUAAGCCGGCUCUGUUCGGUGGCUACAACGACUACACCAAUCACGUGUGGGAUGUCUUGAAGGGGACGAGGGUGUCCAUCCUGUUUGGACAUGAGAACCGUGUCAGCACUCUGCGUCUGUCUCCUGACGGAACGGCCUUCUGCUCAGGGUCGUGGACCACACUCUCGGGUGAGGGAUAA